CAGGAGCUUUAGCUCAGUGGUUAACAAUCCCUCGUGGCGCAAUGGCUAGCGCGUUCGACUGUUAAAUAGUGAUUCUACUUGCAAUCGAGAGGUUGGUGGUUCGACCCCACCCGAGGGAGUUUAUCUUUUUGCUUCUUUUUACAUUUUAAUGAGAGUUGUUGACGAGGCGGUUGAGGCGUGAAAUACCAGAGUUUACCUCUCUGUGUGGUGGUGUUCUAUAUUUUUGGUCGCGUACCUGAGCGAAGUCGCGUAUUCCCCAGAUAAGGCUGAUAAGGCGGGGAGAGAGUCAACACCACAUUUGUUGGAUACAUUUCCCUUUUGUCCCAAGCCUACCAUAGUUGAAGUUACGGCUCAGCUGUAAUUUCACGUCCCAGAUAUCACACAUGUCGGCCGGGCAGUACGAUGACAGUAAUCGCGCCUUUCUCCAAGCCUUCAUGGCAAGAGGCACCCUGACGUUCAAGGAAGCGCGGCCCCUCCUCGCCGCCAUAUUCUCUGUGAAAGAUGGCGAAACUGUUCGCCCCGAUGAAGUCACCAUGGCAGAUUUCGAAUCUUACGUCCACGCCGCCUCCGACGCCUUGUCACCCUUCGACUACGAGAUUCGCUCCACACUACACCAGGUCUCGAAGGAGCGCAUAUGGGCCCUCGUGAACAGCACCAGCGACGCCCUGACGCAAAUGGCAACAGUGAGAACGGCAGACGAGAUCGCAUUUAUCAAGCGGGUAUUAGACGCCAUGUUCGAGACGUACAAUACCGAGCGCCAGGAAGUCAUGGCGAUUACGAGCAUGCAGGCCAUGAAAGUCGCGAAAGCGGAUGAGAGGAGGAUGCGGCAGAGCACCGGAGCCGGCGAGGAGAGCCAGAGUGCGGAUAAGGGACUCACGCACGGGCAGGCCGAGAAGUUGAUGCUGAGUUUGGUGGAUGAGGGGUGGUUUGAGCGUAGCAAGGAGGGGUGGUAUACGCUUUCUCCGCGGGCGCUGAUGGAGCUCAAGUCCUGGCUUGCGGCGACUUAUAAUGAUCCUGAUGCGGAGGCGGGAGAGUGGCAGCAUAUCAAGAACUGUGAAGCGUGCAAGGGUAUUGUGACGAUGGGACAGAGGUGCUCGGAGGUAUCGUGUACUGUGCGCCUUCAUGAGGGUUGCUUGGGUCCGUUUUGGAGAACGAGGAGGGAGGAGAAGUGCCCUAAGUGCAAGACACCGUGGAAGGGGCUGUGGGUUGGGGAGAAGGCUGUGACAACGACGGAAGCAUAUAAUCGGGGUAGGAGAAUUAGUGGUGGAGGAAACAGGAGGCCAGCGCAAGAGGAUGAGGAGGAAGAGGAAGAAGGGGAGAACGGAGCAGAGGAGGGGGAGAAGGACGACGACGAGGAUGAAGUCUGAGAGACGAUAUGUGAAUAUUACGAAUGGCUGGCGUUAGGAAUUAAGGGCAUGCGGGUCCAGGUGGCGUUGGGGCUGGAAUUUGCCUUCUCAAGUGAUAUUACUCAAUACCAAAAGAUCUCCAAAAGCUGGAAAUUUAUACAUAUACGGGGGCUAGUUGGCGACUAUCAAUCCACUGCUCUGAGAAUCAGACUAUACAAAUCAAAUUGGUAUAUUGAUCGAC